AUGCCCACACCCGAAGAAAUCCUUACCGAGCUGGAGGGAUUACGCAUUAAACGUGAAUCACUAUUUGCUAGAAUUCAGAACGUUCUGGAUUCUUCUCGAACCCUAACCUCAGAAAAUGUUCGCUUGUUUCGACCUCGAAUUGAUAAAUUAGUGGAAUUGGAGGCAAGAUUUGAGGGAAUUCAAGAUCAAAUAAUCGACCGCAAUUCGCAAAUAAAAAUUGCUGCAGAUAAAUUGGAGGUUCUAAAUGUCCAAAAAGCAUGUGAUAAUAUCAUCUACGAAGUUCGUGGAAAAUAUAUGGAUCUGAUUCGAAGUAUGCCAGCCUCGAGCGAUACCAGUUCAGCCCCACACACGUCCACGGCUAGCAAAUCCUCUCUACCUAAUAUUGCCAUUCCAAAGUUCAGCGGAAAGAUCGAAGAUUGGAAUAAUUUUAUUUCUUUGUUUACUUCAAUUAUUCACAAAAACGCAACGCUUUCAUCAGCGGAGAAAUUUGUUUAUUUGCGAUCACUGCUUCAUUCCGACGCAUUAGCAGUCAUUUCGGCGCUCGAAGUCACUCCCGAAAAUUACGACCUUGCCUUCGCAGCUCUACAAAAUCGUUACCAAAACAAAAGAAGACUCGCCAUUCAUUAUCUUUCCCAAAUCAAAAAUUUUACUGGUUCAUCUUUGAACACCCGCAACGGCCUUCAACACUUUCUCAACAUUCACUCAAACUCCAUAAACGCUUUGAGAGCUCUGAAUAUUCCCGAUCUUGCUGACUUUCUCUUGUUCCAAAUGGUUUCUGAAAACCUUGAUACGAAUAUUCGUAAAGCCUUUGAAGCCAAAAUACAGAGUAACAGCAUUCCCACGUAUAAAGAAUUAAUCGACUUCGUAACCGAACAAUGCAAGACAUUUGAAGUUGUCGGCGCUGCUGAAACCUCCAACACGAGCAAAUCGCGCUUAAAAUCUCUACCAUCCAAGCGCCCCAACUCUUUCCUUACUAAAACGAAGGAAAAUAAUAGCCCUGGAAGCUCUCGAAAGGGACUACCACCUGCACCGACGUGUCCAUUAUGCCAAAAUAGUCAUUCACUAUCACGUUGUGAAGAAUUUCUCGCCCAAGGUAUCCAACAAAAAUAUGAUACGAUAAAAUCUCUCAAACGAUGUUUCAACUGCCUGGGUAACCAUUUCCUAACCUCUUGUGCUUCUACAAAUACGUGUAAACACUGCAAUGGCAAACAUCACACACUCUUGCAUGCAGAGAAGGACAGUACAAAGGAAAUUCCACCGAAUAGUACUACUGUAACACUAUCCUGUCGAACUACGAACAACCUGCUUCCCCAUCAUGUCUUAUUAGGAACAGUACAGCUUUUCAUUCAAGAUGAAGCUGGAAUCUUUUGGCCAAUUCGAGCAGUUGUUGAUCCUGGAUCACAAAUCUCCGCGAUAACUUUAAGAACAGUGAACAGAUUGGGUCUUAGGCGAUCGCAAGCAAAAAAUAUCGAGGUAAGUGGUAUAUCAGGAUCAUACACAAAAACACAAGGAAUAGUGAACUGCACUUUACGUUCCAAAUAUUCAUCUGAAAGUCUCAAGGUAAAUGCUGUGGUGUUAACAUCCAUCGCCAAUAAAUUGCCUACGCUUCCUCUACCAACUUCUAUUCGUCAAAUUUAUGGAAAUCGACCUUGCCGAUUCUUCCUUUGA